AUGACAAGAAAAUAUCAAAGAGAUAAGUUGCAUAAAUAUAUGACUAAAGAUAUUAAUUUUGACAGGGGAGGUAAUUCCAAGAAUAAUAACACAACAAGAGCUACCUCUCCCGGUCAUCACAGUGGUAUUCCUACACCAGGUGGUAAGGCAAUUCCCACUCGUAGUUCCUCCGCAGCUGAGAAACAGCUGAACCGAACCAGUGCUAGCUCCACCAGUUCUACUUCCUCCACGAAAAGUAAUCCUGGGAAACCAGCCAAUAAAAACUCUAUGUUAGACAAAUUUAAAUUCUUCAAUUCCAAGGAGAAGGACAAGAAAGGAGGGGUUAAAUCCUCCUCGAAAAAAAGUGCAUCAAGUUCCAACGCGAAAAGUGAGUCAGAUUCGAGUAAGGACACUAAGUCUUCCACCAGUCCGAGGAGUUCCAGCUCCUUUGAGACUGGUGCAAGCACGAGCAGCAGCAACAAUGGACCAAACAGUCCAAAACUGCCGGCAAAAUCUGGCAAAAAAUCUCUUGUGCGUGCCUUUAGCACUAAGCGUGAAACCCCCAAGACAUUAGCUCCUGAAGAGAAUGGUAAAAAACGUAACACCCCUUCCCCAGGUUCCCAACAGCCAAGAACCCCUUCUCCUAACACCAACAUCCCCUUGGGGCCUGGAGCACCACCACCAGUGCCCAAAACAUCACCUCCACCCAGCAGAAAAAAUCUUGCCAAGGCUGAGAAAGUUGAAAAACCAUCGAAAUCUGGAACUUUGAUUCCGAAAUCAUCUUCAGGAAAAUUUAAAUCUGCUGCUUCCACUCCCACCUCAUCACAAAUACCAGCUCCGAAUUUUGCCAUGCCGAAAUCGUCCAGUAAAUCUGGAAAAUCAAGCAAGGAGGAAAAGAGUAAAAGUUCGAAGGAAAGUAGUAAAGCAUCGUCGUCUUUGCAAGGAGCGUCCUCUAGUAAGAUAUCGAAGGGACAUUCGUUAUCCAGUCCUGCAUCAACACCUGAUGGCUCGAGACCGAUGUCCCCUAUUGUUCAUUCAAACUCCAAUCAUUCAGGCAUGAACCACGCCACCCGUUCAUCUCAGGAAAAUAGCAGCAAUUAUAGCCAAUCACAGCAAGCUCGUGUGUACGCUCAGGACAAUAACAUGUAUUACCGUGUCGAACAUGGCUCGGGGGUAGCAAACCCGCAUUCUAAUGCGCAUGCACCCACCGAUCAAAUGAACAUGGUGUCUAAAUCAUCGCGGACUCCAAAAAGUCAAAUUGUUAUACCGAGUGCUCGCGGAAUGCAUGGUGGCGCCACUAUGACUCAAACUGUGAAUGUUGUUAAACCACAAUGCACUAUGGCGCCGACUCGGAGUGUUUCAAAAGCUGACGGAAAUACUCAAACAAACUUAUCAGUGAUGCAAAAGACAAUUAACACCUCAAAAUAUGCAGUGCCAAGAGACAGUAGUAACCAUAACUCCCAUACUGACGUUAGUUACUCAAAACCCAGUGAUUCUGUGUUCGCUAGUCAUAUGGCCACCCCUGUACAUCCUCAAAGUCCAAGCAUGGCUGAACGUGUCCUGAAUACUGGCCUCGAAAAGUGUUCACCUAGGGAUGAACCAACAAACAUUUCCACUAGCCUAUCAUCAAGCCAGUCUUCCAAUACAUCAGGAAGUGUAUCGUCAAACGAUAGUGUGAUCCAAAAACCAGGAGUUGAGAACAGUACUUACGAUCGCUUGAUGUCAAGUUCAUCAAAUUCUCCGAGACUAGGAGUUAAAAUGCUGGGAAAACCUGCCAAUAACGUAGCCAUAGUGCAACCGCGUCAUGGUGAAAAAAUGGAAACCACUUUUGAUCGUGAAGUAAGAACUGAAAAAGUGAACCAGCAGCAAAAUCAGAAAAAUUUAUCAGGAAAGGAAACGACUUUCUCUGAAAAGAGUACAACCUUUGUAGACGAUUGUGGGGAAACCAUGGACAUUAAACCAAUGCCUCCAAUAAUGAGAGCAUUGCCUUAUGGGUAUUUCCGAGGCUACACUGGAUAUACUGGACUAUCAUCGAAUCGUAAUUUCCAUAUUCCCGGAAUAUCUGUACCGCCCACUCAAGCAAUGUACGCCAGCAGUGGAAGUAGACUUGGAGUGAAUCGCCCGAUUUUGGAGCAUCCAAAAUUUUAUUCUGGACAAAUUAAACGUUCUGGAUCAAAUGCUCCAAGCAUUAAUAAUGAUCCGGAUUACGCCUCUGAUGUGGAUACGUACGAUUAUGUUUCUGGAUACAUGUCAGACGGUGAUAUCUUGAAAACAAAUAACAGAGUUGAUGAUUGGUCAAGUGGAUAUAUGAGUGAAGGUGGCGCCUCUCUUUAUGCCAGACGUCUGCAGCAGAGGUUUCGUGAGGGGAUGCAGGCAGUGAAAGAUUGUAUGCAGAAAUCCAGUGGAGUUAUAGAUGAUGACAGAAGUAAUAGUAGUAUAGUAGUGGAAUCCUCAAAUGAGGAGUACCAACAGGUGUUUCAAAAAGAUUUUGAUGACAGUAGUUCAAUCAGUAGUGGAGAUAUCAGUGAUACGAUUGCCGAGAUCAGUACAGAUGAAAACUUAACAGGGUCAGGGCCUGCCCCAGACAACAACCCUUACAGUAGUUUAAAACGAGGCCCUAAAGAUUUGACGCAGGGGAUUCACGUCAGCAAUGGACAUAGUGGACGCAUUCAAGGGAAACAACCCAAUCUUGGUACUAGUGCUUUUCUAGCUGGUAACUAUAACAACAGUGAUAGUAGUCCGUACGGCUGGGGUAGAAAGUAUUACAUACCACAAAAUUCUAAACUUUUGAGCAGUGAUCCCAGUGAUUAUGCUUAUCCCUAUAACAACAAUUGUGAUCAACAAUCUCAGUGGGGUCGAAGUGAACCUGGUUACGGUUCCUUAAGAAAACUUUCAAACGCUAGCCAAUCAGAUUACGGCUAUUCUCGUAGCGAACGUGGUGAUUCGCCGCAUCAUUAUGCUGCCAGUGACAAGGGAACUUACUCUCCCGCACCGAGUGUAAAAUGUGACUCGACUACUAACACCGACCAGUCUCAUUUAAUGGAGACUAGUUUAAAACGUAUGCAGACGGCAAGAGGUGCUGCCCCUAGUGGUGGAAGUGGUACAGGAAUACAAUAUCGCCGACCUUUAAGUAACGUAAGCAAUUCUUCUGGAGGCAGCAACAAAAGCAAUGGAAGUGGUGGUAAAGGUUCCACCGCAGUUGGUAGCCGAUUAGCUAAACAUGGUGUAGAUAACACUCCCUCUGGAAUACCAAGACCUGGUAGUGCUGCUGCUAAAUUGAGUUCUCAUGCUGACAUGGGUCCUGAAGCUUACGCCAGCAGCACACUUGAACGAAAGAAGAAAGGCUUGACGACCAGCAAAUCAUCCAGUCAUGCUGUAGCCACAGACUUCCAGUCUAAUACACUUGGACGCAGAAGACUAUUUGAUAGUAAAGGCAGCUUAGCAAAAGGACAAAAUGGUGAAAAUGGUAGCAUGUGUCCUUCUACGAUAAUCUCCAAUCCGCAUGCAACGUACGGUAAAGUUGGUGGACAACAGAGUCAUUAUGUUAACUUGCAGCAGCUUCAAGCCUUACAGCAGCAGUGCACUCUUCAGCAGAACAGCCCUGCCAGCGGUAACUAUAUUACAUUGGAAUACAGUAGUCCACGUAACUCUGGCAAUAACUGGUUGCUAAGGAAUGGUAAUGGUGUCAUGAGUGAAACAGAAAGCAUGGAUUCCAUAUCGUCUGCUACGUCAAUGUCAAUUCAAGCUCAGAUUCAGCAAGCUCGUGCUUUAAGUGGAGCAAGUGCACGAAUUUUAGCUCAGCAGAGAGACCAGACGUCCAAUCAGAAUCAAGAUGGCUUCCAACGAUCUGAUAGUAUUAAAUCGACUCAUUCUGAUGUUGCUCUGUCCCGUAAAAAAUCUUUACCCGAAGAACUUCCUCGCACCAAUUCUUUCUCUCAAUUGUCUAGUCCUUGUAAUUCGGCUGCCGAGCAACUCGCCUCACCUUCAUCUCUUCACGCUUCUUCUCGUUUUACGUAUCCUAUGACCUUCACCUCUGGCAUGCCUAGUAAUCUAUCGCAUCACAUGGUUCACUCGAAUACGCACCAUGGGAUGAUUUUCAAUAGUCUUCCACUGACCAAAGCCUCCAGAGAUGAAGAUGGUAUCAGUCGUAAGUCUUAG